GCGGAGAGAGGAGCUCGGGAGCCGUCUAGCGCAGCCACCGCGAUGAGAGGCGCUCGCGGCGCCGGGGAUCUGCUCUGCGUCCUGUUGGUCCUGCUCCGCGGCCACACAGGAACGUCUCAGCCAUCUGUGAGUCCAGGGGAGCCGUCUCCCCCAUCCAUCCAUCCAGCGCAAUCAGAGUUAAUAGUCGAAGCUGGUGACACGAUCAGGCUAACGUGCAUUGAUCCCGACUUCGACAAAUGGACUUUUGAGACCCUCGAUCAAGUGCGUGAGAAUAAGCGCAGUGAAUGGAUUCAGGAAAAAGCCGAGGCCACUCACACGGGCAAAUACACGUGCGUCAACAGUGGCGGCCUCAGGAGCUCAAUUUACGUGUUUGUUAGAGAUCCUGCCACACUUUUCCUGGUUCGCCUUCCCUUGUUUGGAAAAGAAGACAACGACACGCUGGUCCGCUGCCCUCUGACAGACCCACAGGUGUCCAGUUAUUCCCUCCGGGAGUGUGACGGGAAAUCUCUGCCCAGUGACCUAACAUAUGUCCCAAACCCCAAGGCCGGCAUCACCAUCAAAAACGUGAAGCGCGCCUACCACCGGCUCUGUCUCCGCUGCGCUGCCCAGCGCCAGGGCAAAUGGGUGCUGUCUGAGAAGUUCACUCUGAAAGUGAGGGCAGCCAUCAAGGCUCUCCCAGUUGUGUCUGUGAGUAAAACAAGUCAACUCCUUAGGGAAGGGGACAAGUUUACAGUGACAUGUACCAUAAAAGACGUGUCUACUUCCGUGGGCUCCAUGUGGAUAACUCAGACUAAAGCACAGGAAAAACGUAACAGCUGGCAUCGGGGGGACUUUGACUACGAACGCCAGGAGACGCUGACUAUCAGCUCAGCAAGAGUUAAUGAUUCUGGAGUGUUCAUGUGUUAUGCCAAUAAUAGUUUUGGAUCAGCAAAUGUCACAACAACCUUGAAAGUAGUAGAUAAAGGGUUCAUUAACAUCUUCCCCGUGAAGAACACCACGGUGUCUGUCAACGAUGGAGAAAACGUAGAUCUGGUGGUGGAGUAUGAGGCCUACCCCAAACCUGAACACCAGCAGUGGAUCUACAUGAACAGGACCUCCACCAACAAGGGGGAAGAUUAUCUGAAAGCCGAUAACGAAAGCAACAUCAGAUACGUGAACGAACUUCAUCUGACCAGACUGAAAGACACAGAAGGGGGUACUUACACCUUCCUGGUGUCCAACUCGGAUGACAGUGCUUCCGUGACAUUUAAUGUUUUCGUGAACACAAAACCAGAAAUCCUGACAUCUGACAGGCUUGUGAAUGGCAUUCUCCAGUGUGUGGCAGCGGGAUUCCCGAAGCCCAUAAUAGAGUGGUAUUUUUGUACGGGAACAGAGCAAAGGUGUACCGUUCCUGUCGAAACUGUGGAUGUACAGCUCCAGAACGUAUCUGUGUCACCAUUUGGAAAACUGGUGGUUCAGAGUUCCAUAGACUCCAAUGUCUUCCGGCACAAUGGCACAGUGGAGUGUAAGGCCUACAACAGUGUGGGCAAGAGUUCCGCCUUCUUUAACUUUGCAUUUAAAGGUAACAACAAAGAGCAAAUCCAGGAACAUACCCUGUUCACGCCGCUGCUCAUUGGCUUUGUGGUCACAGCUGGCCUGAUGGGCAUCAUCGUGAUGGUUCUCGCCUACAAGUAUUUGCAGAAGCCCAUGUAUGAAGUACAAUGGAAGGUUGUGGAGGAGAUAAAUGGAAACAACUAUGUUUACAUAGACCCGACACAACUUCCUUAUGAUCACAAAUGGGAGUUUCCCAGAAACAGGCUGAGUUUUGGGAAGACAUUGGGUGCCGGUGCCUUCGGGAAGGUUGUUGAGGCCACCGCCUAUGGCCUAAUUAAGUCGGAUGCUGCCAUGACCGUCGCUGUGAAGAUGCUCAAACCAAGUGCCCAUUUAACAGAGAGAGAGGCCCUCAUGUCGGAGCUGAAGGUCCUGAGCUACCUGGGUAAUCACAUGAACAUCGUGAAUCUCCUCGGAGCAUGUACCGUGGGAGGGCCCACCCUGGUCAUUACAGAAUAUUGUUGCUAUGGUGAUCUUUUGAAUUUUUUGAGAAGAAAACGUGACUCGUUUAUUUUCUCAAAGCAAGAAGAUCAGGCAGAAGCGGCGCUCUAUAAGAACCUUCUGCAUUCAAAGGAGUCUUCCUGCGACAGUGCCAACGAGUACAUGGACAUGAAGCCUGGGGUUUCCUAUGUUGUGCCAACCAAGACAGACAAAAGGAGAUCCGCAAGAAUAGACUCGUAUAUAGAACGAGAUGUGGCUCCCGCCAUCAUGGAGGAUGACGAGCUGGCACUGGACCUGGAAGACUUGCUGAGCUUCUCCUACCAGGUGGCCAAGGGCAUGGCGUUCCUCGCCUCCAAGAACUGUAUUCACAGAGAUUUGGCAGCCAGGAAUAUCCUUCUCACUCAUGGGCGGAUCACAAAGAUUUGUGAUUUUGGUCUAGCCAGAGACAUCAGGAAUGAUUCAAAUUAUGUGGUUAAAGGAAACGCCCGACUGCCUGUGAAGUGGAUGGCACCAGAAAGCAUUUUCAACUGCGUGUACACAUUUGAAAGUGACGUCUGGUCCUAUGGGAUUUUCCUCUGGGAGCUAUUCUCUUUAGGAAGCAGCCCCUACCCAGGAAUGCCGGUCGAUUCCAAGUUUUACAAGAUGAUCAAGGAAGGUUUCCGGAUGCUCAGUCCGGAGCACGCGCCUGCUGAAAUGUAUGAUGUAAUGAAGACUUGCUGGGAUGCUGAUCCCCUGAAAAGGCCAACGUUCAAGCAGGUGGUUCAGCUCAUUGAGAAGCAGAUCUCUGACAGCACCAAGCACAUUUACUCCAACUUAACAAACUGCAAUCUCAACCCGGAGACCCCUGUAGUGGUGGACCAUUCUGUGAGGGUCAAUUCCGUGGGCAGCAGCGCCUCUUCCACCCAGCCUCUGCUUGUUCAAGAAGAUGCCUGAGCAGAAAGCAAGUCCAACAGGCUUCGCUGCUGUCCCGAACCCCAUUUUGACUUCUAUGAUGGUUGUUUUGUUUCCCUUUGACUUGCCUGCUAUCCCAGGGUAGCGGGCUCCUGCCCCCACCCCCAACCCCACUGUGAUCCUGCCUUUACGAGCACACUUUAGUGGCUGAUGACCUCUCUUUUUUUGCCACCAGCCACCAUCCCACUGCGAAGGUCCGAACUGUAUGUAUAUACCCUCCCAAUAGCAAAGUAGCUCCUACGGUAAGCAGAAGGACCCCUGAGUUCUUCGCAAUGCUCCUCUGAGUCUGUUUGAAAAGUGUGGCUAGUAGCUAAUUUGAAGACUAGAAGUAGUCCCAUUUGGCCUAGAGAGCCCUCCCUCCUGAUGGGGAGAGGUAGCAAGACUAGAAAGGGAAACCCCAAGCCCUCUGUAUGGACAGUAGAGGAGACUCGGGAGAGCAUCUGGGCUUAAGAAAUUUGUUCACACUGAGAAGACGACCUAGGCUGUGAAGGAACAUGCCCCAGGAGUGUUAACAAAGAUGCUCUGCUGUGGGCAGCUGCGCGGGCUUUUGUACAACUGACCUGGUUGUUAAAUAGAGUUUGCUGUUAGGGAGUAGAGUUGGACGCGAGGCCUCCUCCCUAGCCAGCACUUGUAUAUACUCAUCUGUGCGUUGUCUGUGUUCAUACUUGGGAGGGGGAGCCCCACGAGCUUUAGUUUUCGUGUACAACCCUGGCAUUAGGUCUGCUGUGUGUAGGAAUAGUUUAAGAGCCAUACAGAUUUGAAGGAAACGGUUAAGGCGUUUUCUUUUUUAAGAAAAAAUGUAACUGCUAAGCACAAUCUUCUUUCUGAGACCUCGUAAGCCAACGUACUUGCUCUGUAGAUUUCUCCAGAACAAGCCUUCCAGCUUCAGAGUGGCUUUGCAGCCAAGGGAGCUGACGCUGUUUGAAAAGGUUACCAUUUUACCCCACAAUUCCCACAGGAGUGAGAAAGCAGUGCGGUCCUGGUGUGGAUUCUCACAGAGCAGGAAGUGGAAGUUAGAUCCAGCCUUUUUUAUGGACAUGUCCUGGACAUCGGGCCAGUAUCUAUAGAAGUGUGUGUGCGUGUGUGUGCGUGUGCAUGCGUGUGGGUGAGUUCUUGCCCUGAGUCCCGAAGGACCUCCAGUACCCAAGAGUAACAGCUUUCACCACCACUCCUGUCUCUCUCUCCUGCUUCCCUGCACGUCGCUCGCUGUCCAGAAGAGUUUACCCAAAGCCACCGCAGAGGCUUGGCGGAGUGGCGCGCAGAAGGACCUAUUUCUUGGAAACCCGCCUGCCCUCACAACACUCUAAUCUAUACUCAACAUACUGUACCCGUCCCUUAAACCUGCAAUGCUACCGUUCCAGGAAAACCUACUUAAAAUCUGCCCUGUAGACUGGAGCCUGGAUGUUACCCUGUAGUUGCCGCGCGCGGCCCCCCCCCCCCCCCAUUGCCCAUCAUCACUGUCCAGUACAAGUGAUGUGUGUACGUGGCAAGAUUUAUGUAUUGUCUUGCAGAAUUCAGGUAUGUUGCCUUCACGGUUCGCUGCCCCGGCCCCCUUGUCCCUUAGACUACACUUAGAGGUGUGCGGCCAUUAGCCUGGAGGUGACCAUUUGCACUGGAGUUCUACACUCUUGCACCUUUCCAAAGCUAAUUGGUUUGAAGGUUGUAUCGUCAUGUAGGAGACCGUCACUGUUUGCCAUGCUGUCCGAAACAUUCCUUUGCAUUCCUGUUGACUUCAGUUAUAGUAAGGAAAGUAGCUGUUAAUUAUGGAUGUCUAGGUACUUCAGGGGCACACCAUUUGAGAAUUUUUGUCUCGGAUAUUCUUGAAAGUUUAUAUUUUUAUAAUUUUUUUUUUUUUUUACAUCAGGUGUCAGAUGUUUCUUUCAGUUGCUUGAUGUUUGGAAUUAUUCUGUGGCUUUUUUUAUAAAUAUUGAAAUGUAGCAAUAAUGUCUUUUGAAUAUUCCCGAGCCCUAUGAGUCCCUGAAAAUAUUUUUUAUAUAUACAGUAACUUUAUGUGUAAAUAUAUAAGCUGUGCAAGUUUAAACAUGUUAUGUUUCAUGUGGUUUUUUUUCUGAUAUGUUGUCCAAUUGU